UUUUAUUUUUUCAAAAUUUCCGAUUCCCACCUCUCACUCUGUCCGCUCUUCCAUGGACGCGCCUCUACAUUCCCUGCAAACCCUCGAAUCCAGUGUUUGCGGCUCCACCGAAGAAUCCAACGACGCUGACCUUGUUGACACAAUCUCCGUCGAUUCCUUCAUCUCUCAUGCAAACCCAACGGUCCAAUUUCCUCCUCCUACCUCGGCUUCCACCACCACCGCUUCGAAGCUUAUCAACAGGAAGAAGAAGAAGAAAAGAGCCCUCGUUGACGUCUCUGCGCCGUCGCCAUCUUCGUCGUCAUCAUCGUAUUCAACGUAUGUGCGCGUGGGAAACAAGCGCCGAAACCCUAGAAUUUUGAUGGGUUUGAAUCGUCGCAGCGAGAGCGAGGCGGAGGCGAUUGCUCUUCCGCUGGGAAUGUCGAUUGCGGCCAUUGUUUCUCAGAUUCUGGAAAGAAAAGAUGAAGCAGGGGAAAGGAUGUCUGUUGAUCAUCUUUCAAUGAUCUGCACUAUGGCUGUCAGAGAAUCUUUAGCCAAUGUUUUUGGAGACAAGUUUGAUUGUUUUGUGAGGAACUUUGAGAAAUCAUUUGGGAGCACCUUGAGGACCCUUAGAUUGAUUAAUGAAUCACCUCUGAACAAGGUAGGAGGUCACUUGAGCCACUUUAAUAUGCAAAAUUCUGGUUCAGAUUUGAAUCUACCUGUGCCUCUCAACAGAGGAGAUACAAUAAGUAGUUCCAGCAUAAGUGAUCAUCACUCAUCUAUGGGUUUGCACCCUGUUGCAACUUUGGAAUGCUUGAACACUCUUGAGGAAAGGCAAGAGAGUAUACAAACAGAUUCUGCAAACAGGGAGCUUACUGUUCAUGGACAAAUAAGCCAACAACUGGCAUGUGUUUCUUCAAGCAGUCUAGGCUCUGUAAUGAACCGGUCCACGGUUAGCACUUUCGAGAAAUCUGUAGUUGAGCAAGCCCGUUCUAAUGACCUCAAAGCACUUGAGCUUAGUCUUAGCAUGAAAAAGAUGAAACUGAAAGAAACACAGCUUGCUCUCAACUCUGAUUCAUAUCUUCUGGAAAGGAUGAAAUUCUCUAUGGGUAUCUCAAAGGCAUCCUUCAAAGCUGAAAAAUUCAAGAACCAAUUAGAAGACACAAAACAUGUGGAGCUGCUUAGGAAGUGCAUAGACUGUCUUGUUGCAGGUCUGCUUAUCAUGUCAGGAUCUCUUGUAUAUGGAGCAUAUAUUUAUUCGUACAAAAGGAUCACUGAAGCUACAGAAACCUGUACAGCUUCUCACAAGGAGUUCAAGUCUUGGUGGAUCCCAAAGCCAAUGGCAUCUUUGAAUUCAGGGCUCUACAUACUCAGGUGUCAGGUUCAAGUUGUGAGCCGAAUGAUGUUUGGCAUCUUUAUGAUUGUUGCUAUUGCUUAUUUACUUCUCCAACGCUCAGCAAGUUCAAAACAGACAAUGCCGGUUACUUUCAUAGUCUUGCUGUUAGGAGUUGUCUGUGGUGUUGCUGGCAAGUUUUGUGUCGACACAUUGGGGGGUAGUGGAUAUCACUGGCUAUUGUAUUGGGAGGCUCUAUGCUUGCUGCAUUUCUUUUCAAAUAUAUGUACUUCGGCUUUGUUUCUUCUUCUCCAUGGUCCCAUCACUGUGUCCCAAGGGGCAAAAGGCAACACAAUGAUUCCAUACUGGAUCCGUAGAACUCUCUUCUAUGCUGCUAUACUUCUAUUCCUACCGCUGUUAUGUGGUCUCAUGCCUUUUGCAAGCCCUGGUGAAUGGAAAGAUCGUUUCUUGUUACUGCUUGCUGAUUCUCUUUCAAAUAUAGAUGACUGAAGCUGAGAAGAGCCCAUGCAUUUUGCAUCUAUUGAAGGUUACUGUUUUGCCCUUGGAGUCACGUAACUUAGCCCCAACUCUUUGUCAAGCUGUCUGUCUUAUGUACUCUGCUGAAGUUGGCUUGGCUGCUUGAUUUAUUCUAUCAGUUAUGGUGAAGCCCCUUUUCUUCUUUUGGCAUAUUGAAAGGCUUAGGUCUUAUUUGGUCUGUCAUCACCAUCAAGUUGUUGUACUAUAUUAGUAAAACUUAUGCAUAAUUAUUCAAGUUUGGUGUUUUAAUUAAAUGAUUUUGUUUCUGUGUUGA